UAAAUGUUUUAUUGUGUGAUACUUUGUUUUUCAGUGCUUCAUAUUCCUUGAUGAUGCUCAAGGUGUGGCCGAUAUUCUAGAAAAACUUAUAAAGGACAAUGAGAAGGAUCAGACCUUGAUGGCAUACCAGAUUGCUUUUGAUCUGUAUGAAGGAGCCACACAGCAAUUUCUGUCAUCUGUGACUUCUGCAUUACAAGCAACAGUACCCUUUGUAUCAAGCAAUGGAGCUGCAAGCUCUGAUGUAUCCACAGAUGUGAAAACAGAUAAGAAUGGCAGUGUGGAAAAAUCAGGUGAUACAGCCAUGGACACAGAUGAAGGAGAGAAAGAAGUCCCUGCUAAGAAGGCCAAAACAGACCCUGUCCUGAGUGAAAGUGACAAGAAGCUUGGGGACAAAGUCAACAAGCUGGUAGCCAUCUUGGGUGGUGAGACUUCCAUUGCUCUUCACCUGGAGUUCCUCAUUAGAAACAACCAUGCAGAUCUUCUGAUUUUAAAAAAUACUAAGGAUGUGUCCAGAAAUUCAGUUUGUCACACAGCGACAGUCAUAGCCAAUUCCUACAUGCACUGCGGUACAACUAGCGACACUUUCCUUCGAAAUAACCUGGAAUGGCUGGGAAGAGCCACUAACUGGGCAAAAUUCACAGCUACAGCAAGCUUAGGAGUUAUUCACAAGGGUCAUGAACAGGAUGCGUUGAAGCUAAUGUCUACAUAUCUACCAAAAGACGGCAGUGGAGGCAGUGCUUAUCAAGAAGGGGGAGGACUCUUUGCUCUAGGUUUAAUUCAUGCUAACCAUGGUGGCAAGAUCAUAGAUUAUCUCAUUCAACAGCUAAAAAGUGCAACUACAGAUAUGGUGCGUCAUGGAGGAUGUCUUGGUCUUGGGCUGGCGGCAAUGGGCUCAGGCAGACAUGAUGUCUAUGAGCAGUUGAAGACACAACUUUGGGAAGAUGAUGCUGUUACAGGUGAAGCUUGCGGUCUCGCUAUGGGACUCGUCAUGCUGGGAUCAAAGUCUGCCACAGCUAUUGAAGAGAUGGUUGGGUAUGCUCAAGAAACACAACACGAGAAAAUCCUUCGUGGACUCUCAUUAGGAAUUGCGCUGGUGAUGUACGCCCGAAUGGAGGAAGCUGAUGCACUCAUCGAGAGCUUAAUGCAGGAUAAAGACCAUAACCUCCGACAGAGUGGCAUGUACACAGUCGCCAUGGCAUACUGUGGCACUGGCAACAACAAGGCCAUCAAGAGACUCCUACAUGUUGCUGUGAGUGACGUCAGCGAUGACGUAAGACGAGCAGCUGUGAUGUCAUUAGGUUUUCUCCUUUUUAGAACUCCAGAACAGUGCCCCAGUGUUGUGUCACUGUUGUCAGAGAGUUAUAACCCUCACGUGCGAUAUGGUGCUGCCAUGGCCCUGGGUAUUGCCUGUUCGGGUACAGGGCUUAAGGAUGCAAUCGCACUUCUAGAACCUAUGACUAAUGAUCCUGUAAACUACGUUCGCCAGGGUGCCUUAAUCGCCAGCUCUUUGGUUCUAAUUCAACAAACGGAACAUUCCUGUCCAAAGGUAGCGAAGUUCCGCGAGAUUUACGCGAAGGUGAUUAGCGACAAACACGAAGACAUCAUAGCCAAGUUCGGCGCCACCUUGGCGCAAGGAAUUCUUGAUGCUGGUGGACGAAACGUGACCAUCUCGCUGCAGUCACGAGCGGGACACACGCAUAUGGCCACAGUAGUAGGCUUGUUUGUAUUCACGCACGUGUGGUUUUGGUUUCCGCUGUCUCACUUCCUAUCGCUGGCAUUCACACCCACAUGUAUCAUUGGACUUAAUUCCGACCUGAAGAUGCCCAAAAUGCAGUUCCGAUCAAAUGCCAAGCCUUCAAUGUACGCUUAUCCCGAGCCACUUAAACCUCCCAAGAAAGAGGAGAAAGAAAAGGUGACCACGGCAGUUUUGUCAAUAACAGCUAAAGCCAAAGCUAGGGCCAAGAAAUCAGAGGCAUCCGAAGAGAAGAUGGAAGUGGAUCAAGAAGGCGACAAAGAUAAAGCAGCAACAUCUAAGAAGGAGAAAGAAGGUGACAAAGACAAGAAAGACGAGGAAUCCACGAUUGAAAAGAGUGAAAAGGAGAGCAGUGAGAAAAUGGAAGAAGAGGAACCUGACUUUGAACUGUUAGAGAAUCCAGCUCGGGUUCUUCCCGCACAGGUUUGUUCUUUUGACUUUGUGCGACUGUUAAUGUGGUAAA